AUGUCGGGCAGGUCGGUUCGAGCCGAGACCAGGAGCCGGGCCAAAGAUGAUAUCAAGAGGGUCAUGGCGGCUAUCGAGAAAGUGCGCAAAUGGGAGAAGAAGUGGGUGACUGUGGGCGACACAUCCCUGCGAAUCUACAAGUGGGUCCCCGUGACGGAGCCAAAGGUUGAUGAUAAAAGUAAGAACAAGAAGAAGGGCAAAGAUGAGAAGUGUGGCUCAGAGGUGACCACCCCGGAGAACAGCUCCUCCCCGGGAAUGAUGGACAUGCAUGAUGAUAACAGCAACCAGAGCUCCAUCGCAGAUGCCUCCCCCAUCAAACAGGAGAACAGCAGCAACUCCAGCCCUGCUCCCGAGCCCAAUUCAGCUGCGCCCAGCGAUGGCACCGAUGCCAAGGUGGACGACGCCCAGGCCGAUGGGAAGGAGCUCCCCGGGGCUGAAGAUGCUUCCGACGAGCAGAAUUCACAGUCUUCAAUGGAAAACUCGAUGAACAGUUCAGAGCAAGUCGAACGGCAGCCGUCUGGAGAUGUGGGCCUGGCUGCAGAGACAUCCACAAUCUCUCAGGACCUGGAAGGAGUGCCACCCUCCAAAAAGAUGAAACUGGAGGCUUCGCAACAGAACUCCGAGGAGAUGUAG